ACUGGAGUCGUCUAUUUACAUACAGAGUCUAGAUUAAUUUGUCACCCCUGAAUCAAAUUUGCAGAUUAAUUUGAUCGCCCCGGCAGCAUGUCUACAAUAUAUUCUUUCUACUAUAAAAAUAUUUCGAUCUUUGAUGUUAUUAGCCUUUUUGUAUUUCUGCAUGUAACAACAAAAAAUGUUCUCCUAGUGUUUAGUGCCGAAGUCAGCAUGAGUCAGAUCGUGGCAGUGCAAGAUCACCCAUACUAUGCCGUAUGCUAUGUGACCCUGACCGACGAUGACUUAGAAGGCGAAGAAAAAGAUAUUGUUUUCUCUUUCCCAGAAUCGAAAACAGAAUCUUGCACGUUAAAGAAAAUAGACUACAGGUACUGCUCUCGCUCGUAUCCCAGCGUUCCAAUUGAUGCCCGCUGCGGGUGUGCUCAGAAAGAGAGACAGCAAAUUCUAGAGAGAAAAGAGAAUGAGACGAUCGUGGAUGUGAAGACCAGAUUCACUUUGUUUUAUUACUACGCCAAAAUGACCAAGGAUCUGAAUACUACUGGGAUUACUUGCAAAUUUGAAGGGAAGUCAGAAACAGUUUUAAUCAGAGUUAUUUCGUUCACCACAAGGCCUCCUCCUGUCCUGUUUGGAUGUAACAAAAGAGAGGUGACGUUUCAAUGGGAUAUUGACAUGAAGUUUGAAGACUUUAAGGGAAUCCUUUUCAUUGAGAAGAUAGUCUGGUCUGCUAUAUUUACAAAAAAAGACAAUGUCUACAAUUACCCGGCACGAAUCAAGACUCAUUACUUUGGAAACGAUAAGAAUCAAACAACUGAGUCUUUCACUCGGACCAAACUUAUUCUCAACGGAACUUUGCCCAAACUGACCAUCUACCGACUGGACCAAGAAGAUAACGGAACUAUAUCUAUUCAAGUCUUCUUUAACAGCAAUACAACAAGAAGCCAGGGAAAAGCAGAAACAGAUGACCUUAACAUCUAUAGAGUGCAUGGUCUGAGAGGGGAGCGUUACUAUCCAUGUGAUGACGAGAUGACCAGUUUCAGUGAUGACGAAUUGACAAGUCCUUGUGAUGGCAAGUUGACCAGUUGCCUAUUGGUUUCGUUGAAUAAUACAGGCUUUGAAACACCUGAUUCUCAAACUGUGCGGACAACCAUCAAACAGGACCAGCGAUUCAUCAACGGCCUUCUCGUGAACGCCACGGUCAAUACGACCAUCACAACGUGCGAGACCACCGAGCCAACCAAUGCAACCACACCCACGACAACCACGACCACACCGACCACGACCACUACAACCACCACGACCACGACAACCACGACGACAACCACCACGACCACCACAACGACGACCACUACGACCACCACGACCACGACAACCACACCGAGACCCGUGGGGCAUAACAUGAGCCUUCCUCAGCCUGUCCUGACUGCUCAAACUAUUCUCUAUAUGACAAAAGCCCCCGUGGAAACGCUCAACUUUAUCAUGGUCACGAACGUGGCGGUGACAGGUGAGAAGAUCAUCCAGUGCUUCAUGAGAAACUGCAAGACCAGCUCCCAGGACAAGAAGAAUGUCAAAGGGUGUUACGGAGAUCCCAAAGUGGAUUUUAAGAUCUGGAUCAACAGAAAAGAAAUGGGUUACUCGACUGGGGCACAGAGAGUGUCUCUCAAACUGAAUAAUUCUUUUACGUUACGAGAUGACGACAAUAUCACCUGUGGUCUGACAGGUGAGGCUCUGAACUGCCUGGAUGUCAAUAAACCAAGUCGAAGACGCAUUACCAACAACGUUAAAGGGAUGUUCAUAGUGAUCAAAGUGAAGACGGAGAUGACAGUGAAGGAACUUCUGUACAUCGUGGAGACCAUCAUAGCGGUCAUGCUGUUACUCUGGACCGUGUACAUCAGUCUGCGUCACGUGGGUAUCGUUAUACGUCUCCAGCGGAGGAAAGUCGAACGGAAGUUGGUUGCCCUCGAGGAAAGACGCUGGCAUUUAGAUGACUGAUGACUGAUUUUAACUAAAUGUGAUGCGCUUGUUGGCAUUUAGAUGACUGAUGACUGAUUUAACAAAAUGUGAUGAGCUUGUGUGCAUUUAGAUGACUGGUGACUGAUUUUAACAUUAUGUGAUGAGCUUGUGUGCAUAUAGAUAACUGGUGACUGAUUUUAACAAAAUGUGAUAAGCUUGGCUUUUAGAUGACUGAUGACUAAUUUUUUAAAAUGUGAUGAACUUGUUCGUGUUUAGAUGACUGAUGACUUUUUUAACCAAAAUUUGAUGAGCUUGUGUGGAUUUAGAUGACUGACUUUACCAAAUGUGAUGGGCUUGCAGGCAUUUGAAUGCCUUGGCAUAUGGCAAGAUCGUAGAAUUUCAUAUAAAACAAAUUUAAAGAUUUAUUGAAUUGUUGAUGUUGAAAUUAAAAAUGCAAUUAGUGGGUACAAUUUAUUUGAAGGACUAAAAACGCAAAAUUUGUUAUAGGUUUUGUUACUUCAAGGUGAAGGACUUCAUUAUAGAUGAUGAAUACUAGAUGACAAGCUUUUGAUUUUUUAUAAAUUGAUGUUGUUUUGUUUUCGUUUCUAUUUUACGAGUUUUGAAAGUUCUUAAAGACAUGAAAAAUUAUAGAUCUAUAUCCUAUCAAAACCCACAAGCUUCCAGCACUACAACAGGGAUGGUGGCGGGUUGGUACCGUGGUGACGAAAGUCCAAAGUACAUUUACAGAUCAGUCGCCAUCCCGACUUUUUGCAUCACUAAUGACUUGAGUGUUGGUGAUUACUCGAAAGUAACAAAUAACUUAGAUACUGAAGAUGUCCUUUACAUGAAUAAAAAUUGACUUGAUUGUUGUUGUUCGUUUAGCCAAUGUUAGUUUAUGAACACCAUAUAAUCCAAAUUAAUCAAUACGCAUAUAUUAGUUUUCUCAACGAAUACAUGACUAUGGAAUAUUUCAAUUCGUUUCUUAAAAAAUAAUUUAAAAAUGAAAAUGUGUAACUAAAAUCAUUUGCAUACGUAAAUUUCUUUUGGUAAGAACAAUAGAUGCUAUAAAUAUAUCACCAGUGCUCUGGCUUUAUAUUUUGAAAUGAUAGUGUUAUUGUAGCUGAGCUAUAUUUCUUUUCUAAUUGAACAUGUAACUGUGGGAUGCCAUCGUAAAAAUGUACAGAUUUAAACUGUUUUAAAUGAUGGAAAGUUGUUGUAUUUUAGCAAUAAAAGUUGAUUGUUCAA